AUGUGCUCCAGAAAACAGAAUAAUUCUAUUAAAGAAGAGACGGAAGCAGGCCAGCUCGGAGAGCUGGAAAGGGGGCCUGCCAAGCCCGGCCAUGUGCACGGCCGACAGCUAGCUAGCAGCCAGCUCCGGAGGCCCACGGCCGUAGGAGCUUCCACCAGGGCAUAG